CGAUUGAUUUUCAAUCGAUUGAAUUUCGUUAAAUGUGCAAUUUUAUAUGUUUUAUGUAAAUUAGUAAAAAAAAAUUAUUUUUGUGUAAAUGGGUACGUCGUUGAGUCGUCAAAAUGCUGCAGUUGAAGAGGCAGAUGUUUCAUUAAGUCAUCCAUAUAAGUAUCCACCAAGAACGGGUACAUAUUUUGGUACCCAUUUUAUAAUGGGUGGUGAACGAUUCGAUACUCCACAGCCCGAAGCGUAUUUAUUUGGUGAAAAUGGUGAUUUAAACUUUUUAGGUAGUCGACCAACAGCUUUUCCCUAUCCACCACCGCAAGCGAAUGAGCCAACGAAAACGCUUAAAAGUUUGAUUAAUAUACGAAAAGAAUCGGUGCGAUUUGUAAAGGCGUCCGAUAGUACGCAAAAGAAUAGUAAUGGAUCGACCAAUGAACCAUGUCAUUCAUAUAACAUUGAGUUUGUGUUUGAUGCCGAUGCAAAGUGUGCCAUUCAAAUUUUCUACUUUUGCACCGAGGAAGUCACGGCCACCGGAUUGACGUAUGUGCCACGCGAUCCAAAAAUGACGUCGGACGUGUAUCAUUGCAAACGCGGUGUAAAUCAGACAUUCUUACAAACAUCACAUGUUUUCAAUCCAACAUUGUAUUCAAAUGAUUUAUCAUACAGUUCUGAUCGUGAUGUGUAUCCGAUUGUAAUUCAAUGUGUGGCUGAUGAAGGGCCCGAUGAUAGUAAACAAUCGCACACAACCAUAUGCGUUGUUGAUCACCAUUCGGAUGGAACAUUUGGAUUGCGCGCAUUGAAACAGAAAAUUUUUGUUGACGGCCUUUGUUAUCUACUACAGGAAAUUUAUGGAAUCGAAAAUAAAUGCAAUAAUAAGGUGAAUAUCGACGAUGAAACUGAAGACAAUUCCGGUGAAUGUGUCAUAUGUAUGAGUGAUACACGUGAUACGUUAAUUCUUCCGUGUCGGCAUUUGUGUUUGUGUAAUUCAUGUGCUGAUUCACUUCGUUAUCAGGCCAAUAAUUGUCCAAUAUGCCGUGCACCAUUCCGUGCAUUAUUGCAAAUUCGUGCGGUGCAAAAGAGUUCAAGUGGUGCCCAUAUAAACAUCACAUCACCACAACAACAAGCAAUACAAGACACAAAUGCUGAAAAUGUACCGCACGGUUAUGUGGCGGUUUCGUUAAUCGAAGCUCUAAAUGGGCCGUCGCCAAAUUCAACAUCGAUCAAAAGUCAAUUGGAUAUGGUUGGUACAGAUCCACAUGAAAAUGAAUCGAUUAAGAGUGCAGCCGAAUUAAAUCGUUGUGAUGACUCAAUAAAUGACAAAGCACGAACUACAAAAGACAAAAACAUUCCGCCUGAAAUAAAAAUGUCCGUUUUAUUGCCAAAAGAGGAUAACAACAAUUCAAAAGGUCAGCGUGAAAAAGGCCAGCGUCCGAAAAAUGGUCAGACAACAAAGCAACAAAAUCGUGAUAGCCUCCAUUUGGUGAAUGAAAAAAAUGCAAAUAAUUUACAGCCAACUGAACAAGAUGAUGAUAGUGAAACGGAAAAUUUAUCACCAUUACUUUACCACAAAAAUAAAAAGUCGCAAUUGAAACAUGGUAAAAAAGUAGCGAACGCCUCAUCAACGGGCGCUGGAACAGCAACAGCAACAACACAAUUCCAAACGCAAACCGCACAAACGGCAUUGCAUAUUGACGGUAUCAAUGAAUCGAUUGAUGACACUGACACGGAUUUGGAUGAACGUGACAACGAUAAGAGCAUACGAUCAAUUGGUAAACAACGUGACAAUGCCGAUACAGAUGGUAAUAAUAUCUGCAGUACUGAAGAUUCGGACUAUUUCACACCCGAAGAUCCGCACACCACUAUUCUGAGCCCUCUCUGUCCCGAUAAAAAUAAGGACAAGACAAGAUCAAAGGAGAGCUUAUCAUCAUCAGCCGCACCAUCUCCAUUAGUUGCACUAAAGGAUUCUUCAUUGCCAGAUAGUCCAUCAAGUUCGGCCGAUAGUUAUUCAUCGUCAUCGUCGACACGUAAAUUGUUAUCGGCACCAAUUCAUGAACUUCAAACGCAAACAACAGCAACAACGGCUACAAUUCCAACGCCAUCAUUGGCCGCAAGUCGUAUUAUUGAUAUUAAAGUUCGCGACGAUAAGAAAAUUUCGAUUGAAAAAGCGGUCGACGUUUGAACGAAAUCAUUUUCGUUUUCAAUUUAAAAAAGUGGUCAUUUAUAUGAAAACUCAACAAUAAUACACACAAAUUGAAGAUAAAAUAUAUUCUUUAACAAAAG